AUGGAACAACACGUUGUAUCUGCUGCCCUUCCCAUGCUUAUUUUGGGUCUCGGAUGGACAGGGCAAUUUUUAGCCGAGCUUUUGGUGUCUCUACAGUUAAACUAUGCAGCAACAACACGUGACGGUAGAAAUAACACUAUUCAAUGGUCAAUGCCUUCGGUAUGCCAAGAUAUUGAUGUUUCUUCACUACCUUUUGCAAAGACUGUACUUGUUACUUUCCCGGUUAUGCAACCAGAAUGUAUGUCAGCGCUUAUGGACGCUUAUGAAACAAAACACCAAGCAAAAACUCAAUGGAUUCUUCUAUCUUCAACACGGCCUUUUAACAGCAAUCCUGCCGAUAGACAUACACCCUUGGAUAGAUCAAAAGACACCGGACGAAUGGGUGCAGAAGAUGUGGUAAUAAAGCACGGCGGCUCAGUGCUGCAUUUAGCCGGUUUAUGGGGAGGUCAAAGACAACCAAAGAAUUGGGUACCUCGUUUUCCAACGCAAGAGGCCAUUCGAAACAAGCUUCUAGCACGCCAACUGCAUUUAAUUCAUGGUAAGGAUGUAGCAAGAUCGAUUGUUGCUGUUCAUGAUCAAUUCAAACCCGGGGAGAGAUGGAUUGUGACAGACAAUGGAUGUUAUGAUUGGAUAAAGCUGUUUUUAGUCUGGGGAAGUGAAGAACAGAUUGCAAUUGCUAGAGACUUGGCAGCUCAUGAUGAGACUUGUCAUCAGGCACUUGGCAGUGGUUCUUUAGAGGAAAUUGUUGCUCGAGGAGGAGUCAAGCCUCGCUUAGAUUCAAGUGAGUUUUGGGAAACCUUUGGAUUAAAUGCAACAAAAUAUUUGACAAUUGAAUGA